GGCCACAGUGAAAAUGUAAAACUCAGCAGGUCGGUCUGGGAUUUACUUGGAGGGUCACCGCAGGCUGCUCAGGAGAGGACUAUGGAGCCCUUAACUCGGUCGGAGGUGUUCGGAGAGCUCAGGAAGGAGCUUUAUGGAGACAAACAGUCGAGUCAUUCCAGCACACACGUAUUUAUCAUCCUGGGGGCGUCUGGAGAUCUUGCUAAGAAGAAAAUCUACCCGACUUUGUGGUGGUUAUUCAAAGACGACCUGCUCCCAGAGGACAUCUACAUUGUGGGAUUUGCCCGCUCUGACCUGACUGUAGAGAAAAUUAAAGCGGCAUGUCUUCCUCAUAUGAAGGUCACUGACGAGGAGCUGGACAGUCUAUCAGCCUUCUUUAAGAAGAACUCCUACCUGAGAGGUUGCUAUGAUGUCAGCAGCUCCUUUGAACGACUCAACAGUCAUCUGUCAUCUCUGCCCGGAGGGGAAACCGCCAACCGGCUCUUCUACCUGGCGCUGCCCCCUACUGUCUACCACGAAGUCAGCACAAACAUCAGAAACCACUGCAUGAGCUGCAAAGGCUGGAACAGGGUAAUCUUUGAGAAGCCAUUUGGUCAUGACCUCCAGAGCUCCCAGGAGCUUUCAGCCCACCUCUCCAACCUGUUCAAAGAAGACCAGAUCUACCGCAUAGAUCACUACCUGGGAAAAGAGAUGGUUCAGAACCUCAUGGUCCUCAGGUUUGGAAAUCGCCUUUUUGGACCCAUAUGGAACAGGAACAGUGUGGCCUCUGUGGUGCUCACCUUCAAAGAGCCGUUUGGCACUCAGGGCCGUGGAGGAUACUUUGAUGGUUUUGGGAUAAUUAGAGAUGUCAUGCAGAACCACCUGCUUCAGAUGCUUUGUUUGAUUGCAAUGGAGAAACCUGCAUCCACGAGCCCCGACGACGUGAGGAACGAGAAGGUGAAGGUGCUGAAGUGCAUAGCUCCUCCUAACAUGGCAGAUGUGGUGCUGGGUCAGUACGCGGGAGAUCCGGGCGGGGAGGGCGAUGCCAAGCUGGGCUACCUCGAUGAUCCCACAGUACCAAAAGGCUCCUGCACACCAACGUUUGCAACUGCAGUGCUCUACGUCCAGAAUGAAAGAUGGGAUGGGGUUCCUUUCAUUCUGCGCUGUGGUAAAGCCCUGAACGAGCGGAAAGCCGAGGUGCGUCUGCAGUUCACGGACGUACCCGGAGACAUCUUUGCUGACCGCUGUCAGAGAAACGAGUUGGUGGUCCGGGUGCAGCCAGACGAGGCUAUUUACCUGAAGAUGAUGACCAAGAGGCCUGGAGUUUUCUUCAGCCCAGAGGAGACCGAGCUGGACCUCACCUACAAGAGCAGAUACAAGAACGUGAAGCUUCCUGAUGCGUAUGAGAGACUGAUUCUGGACGUCCUCUGUGGAAAUCAGAUGCACUUUGUCCGCAGCGAUGAGUUGCGAGAAGCCUGGAGGAUCUUCACCCCCCUGCUCCACCAAAUAGAAGCUGCAAAGACACAACCUAUUCCUUACACAUAUGGAAGUCGUGGUCCAAGUGAUUCAGACGAUCUUAUUCAGAGGGUGGGCUUCCGCUACGAGGGAACAUACAAGUGGGUGCAGCCCCACACAAGCUGAUUCUCUAAGUUGUAUGACGUGCAUGCACAGAUUCACUAAAAGCCUUUGUAUGUUUACAAAUAAAAUUUACAGCAGCCACUUCUGUGCCAGUUUGAUUUUGUCUGCAUGCGUAUUAAAAAAGCACUGCGUUUUUCUCCCUAAUCACGCACAAGUUAAUGUAGAAAUAAGCAAGUGUUCGUGUGAUUCCACAUGUAUGUGUGUACGAGUUUUCUAAAUAAAUCACAUUUCACCCUUUUGCCCAAAAA